AUGCCAGCCCCCCAACAUCUAAACUUCAUCACGGGCAACAAGAACAAGCUCGCCGAAGUCCAAGCCAUACUCGACGGUGUAAUUGAGCUGCGCAGCGAGAAUGUCGACCUUGUUGAGAUCCAAGGCACAGUCGAGGAAGUCACGUUCGACAAGGCGCGACGAGCUGCCGAAGCCAUCAACGGCCCUGUUCUGGUGGAAGACACAUGCCUCUGCUUCAAAGCUAUGAAUGACCUACCAGGCCCUUAUAUGUACACUCUUCCCUCUCUUUCUCUCAGACUCCAUGCUUCCAACGAACAACUUACUAACCCCUCCCCCACCUCAAACAGCAAAUGGUUCCACCUCGCCCUCGGCCCCCAAAACCUACACAAACUACUCUCCGGCUUUGACGACAAAUCCGCUCAAGCCGUGUGCACAUUUGGCUACUGCGCAGGCUCCGGCCAGGAACCAAUUCUGUUCCAGGGUCGCACAGAUGGCAAGUUGGUUGAGAGUCGGGGUCCUACUAAUUUUGGUUGGGAUUCGUGUUUUGAGUAUGAGGGUAAGACGUAUGCGGAGAUGGAGAAGAGGGAGAAGAAUGAGGUGUCUCAUCGGGGCAAGGCGUUGGAGAAGUUGAAGGCGUGGUUGGCGGCGAAUAAGGCAUAG